AUGUGCGUAAUUAAAGUAAUUCAUGUACAUUUCAGAAUUCGCUAUCCCUCGACCAGCAAUGUUACAAUUAUAGAAAAUGUUGUGUCAGACGAUAUUGGCCAUCCCGAUGGUAUUGCAGUUGAUUCCGUUAAUGAUCACAUCUAUUGGACAGACACAGGACUUGACAGAAUAAUGAGAUCAAAUUUAGAUGGUUCAAAUAAAACUGUCAUUGUAGAUACUGGCCUUGAAGAGCCGAGAGCAAUUGAAUUAGAUACAACUGACCGAUGGAUAUACUUUAGUGACUGGGGCUCUGAACCUAAAAUUGAAAAGUGUAUGUUUGAUGGAAGUAGUAGGCAGACAAUCAUAACAGAUGAUAUUCAAUGGCCGAAUGGUAUCGCAUUAGAUUUCAUUCAAAAACGGCUUUACUGGUGUGACGCAGGAAAGAACCAGAUCAAGUCAUCCAACUUCGAUGGUUCUGAUGUACAAGUCAUAUUAAAAAGUUCCCUUCGAGUGCCACAUCCCUUUGAUAUUGACAUUGAUGAAGAUAACAUAUACUUUACAGACUGGGAUUAUCGGGAAGUUUUUAAAUUGUCAAAAUCAUCAUCAACACCAGGAUCCUUACAAGUAGAAACUAACCGACCCAUGGGCUUGAAAAUUUAUAGAACAAAUCUUGAUCAGUGUUACAAUUAUUCGACAAUACAAAAAGAAGAGAAAAGAUCAAUUGGAUAUACACUUGAUUUGUCACUGGAUGUCCCCAUCAGUGAUGACGACUUGCAGGAUAACUGGUACCGUGUGGUAAGCGACAAUGGUGACAGAAUUCCAACGUUCCCACCUGGUUCAUUAAGAUGCGGAACAUAUAUGCCCAUUUGGCUAAAUGGAUCUCUACCAUCAGCAGAAGAUGACAUUUUUACGAGACAAGUAUGCAAGCAAACGUCUACCGACACAUGCGGAGAAAAAUUUGAUAUACAAAUCAAACAAUGCCCGGGGUAUUAUAUUUUCUAUUUAAGGAAUACUUCUGUGAAUGCUGCUUACUGCUUCGGUGAAGGCUACGUGAAAUGUGAAGAUGGGUUAUCAUCUGAGAGUGGAAAUUAUCCAGGAUGUAGUUCAACCUUUCCAAAUAAUACAAUUUCUCCUGAGGUUAACGCGUUGUUAGUCGAAGGAAAGAUAUAUGGCGUGUUUCCAAAUCCUACACCAAGUCUUACACCAGUGUUUAAAUGCAAUUUUGAAGAUACCUCAAAUGGUUCCUAUGUUUAUGAUGUGUACUGGUACAUAAAUGGCGAAAACAUCACUCAUCAUAAAAAUGUAUUAAGAAAUGAUAUAAAUUCGACUGACCUAAGAGACACUGAUUGGAUAGACAGAUACAAAAUGAACAUGGAUGUAAAAUGUUCCGUCAGGUCAAGAUAUUCCUUUGAUUCAAUACCAGGACCUUUUUAUUUCAGUGAAAAUUUCAAAGCUGGAUUUUUUCCUGAAGCUUAUGAAUUCACUGUCACUGAAGGAGAAACUAUCAAUAUAUCAUUUACUGCAACAGUACCAGUCGGAUGCUUCCUUUCAGAUUCAAGACGAGCUCAAUGUGAUAUGAAAUUUUAUAUUUCCCAGCCUGACAACAAUGAACCGUCCUGCUCUAACAAUAUUGUAUCUAGAGAUAUCGUUUUUGAUCUGAAUAAUUGCGGACUUGAAUUACCUAGUUUAGCAUGGAAUGAAUCUGUACGGUUAGUUGUUCGAGGAUACAGUGAUGGUAUUUACAACCAUCGAGACCGGACGACGUUUAUACGAUUGUCAACUCGUUCAAAUUCUCCAGUACCAGAAAAUAAUCUGUGGAGAAGUGUUAACAUUCCAGAAAUAACGGUGACAGUGCUUGACAAAGAUUCAGUGUUAAAUUCUAGAUUAUGCCAGUCCUAUAACGAUCCUCACAUUACAACCUUUGAUGGAAUAUUGUAUCACUACAUGAACGUUGGGGAAUUCGUGAUGUACAGAAACGAUAUCGGACCAUAUUGGGUGCAUGCUUUAUUUACCAAUUGUGGGUUUGGAUGGGAAGGUUCCUCUUGCAAUGGUGGUAUAGCCAUUAGGAGCAGAACAUCAUUAUUUGUUUUCCGUACAGUACAAGAGAUUUCUAGAACAGAAAAAUUUAUGUUAGACCAACCCUUUACAGAACACAUAAACUGUGAUGACAGUGAUAUGUCUGUUGAUCACGCAAAUAACGUUUAUACUAUAACAUUACCGACUGGUGCUGAAAUCAGGUUUACUGUGUCAACCUGGUCACGAUUUAUAUCGGGUAUUACAAUCAAGCCAUCCAUAUACGAUAUUGAUGUUGCAAGAGGUCUAUGUGGUGUUCCAAGCGAAACAAAAGAUUCCAGUGAUGACUAUAUGCAUCGAUAUUUAGGUCCUGUAGGCGAUGACCAAGCUUUUGCAGAUUCGUGGAGAGUCAAUUCAACUGCAGAAUAACUUUUCGUAGAAGAACCAGAAUGUCUGUCUGAAAGUAUAAACAAAGGAUUGGAAAACUUAAAUCCCGUCAAGCGUUAUUGCUCUUGCGACCAAGAAGCUGGUCAAACGGACGACUUUGAGG